CGCCAGUCCCGCGUCGUCCGCCGCUCGGACGAUUCCUGCCUAUCUCGCGCGCAGCUGUCUCUCUUUUUACGCGUGUGCGCGCGCUUUUAUUCUUCCUGUUUCCACGCAUCUCUGCGCGGGAGUAGAAUUUGUUGUAAAUAGUCUGGUGGUACUGUGGUGACACAACGAUUUUCCAGUACCAGUCGAGGGAGGAAUGGUGCUCGGUGACAAGACUGCAGCAGCAGCAGCAGCAGCGGCAGAUACAACAGCAGUAGAGAAUCUCCGGCACGCGAUGCAUCAGCGAUCCUGAGGCCAGUACUGCUACAGCGUUCAUCCGGUCGAGAAGUCGGCAAGACGGAGUAUCACCGGCUCGCUUCGCGAAAAUUAACACGGAACGAACUAGUAAGGAUUGUUUCGAUGCAGUGCGUGGGUGGCUGCCGCGAUUGUAUGUAAAGCACGCGCGCGUUUAGCUGAAUAAUUGAUAUACAUAUGCGUUUGCGAUCUUAUCUGAUGGACUGAAUUAGAACGUAUGCGCUUAAUGUAAAUAAUGUGAGACGACACUUCGAUGUAGGUUUAUACUUUCGUUAGGAUGUACACAAGUGUGACAGUGACUAAUAAAUAAGCUAUAGUUAGAACUCGAGUGUGCAGGAUCUGAAAGCAUGGCGUCGGUGCGUGCAAGUCAAAUUGUAGACUCAAAAAAGGAGAGCAGCGAGCCGCUCGUGAAAGUAAUCGGACACGCAGAACCGGACGAAGCAACAACUCCAGGACCCCCGUCACGGCGGAUCAGCAGGAGGAGGAUGAUGGCGAGGGCUGGAGCGCUCUUGGCCGUGGCCUUGUUGAGCCUGCUGGCGAGGCCGGCCGCGGCUCUGAACGUGCGCUCCAAGGCCACGGUCGAGAGGUCCAUCGAUCUCGCGGCCAGCGGCCUCGACAAUGGCCUCGAGCGCGGCGCUGAGCUGCAGCAGCAUCCGCACGGGUCCCCGGACAAGCCGAGCAAGUUCGACCUCGACGUCAGCCAGUACACGGAGACCGACGACGAGUCGCUUUACGAGCUCGAGAAGACGAAGAUGCAGGCUGGCGAGAAGAGCCAGGUUAGCGCCGAGGAGAAGAUCACGACCGAACCCGAGGUGAAGACGACCGUGGCCACGACCACCGAGGAGGAGAACAGCGGUAAACCGUCGAACAAGUCCAAGUGCGACGACUCGACGAUCUCAGUGAAGUGUAUAGAGAAGAGAAUCGGAAGUUUCUUGAGGACAGUUUCGACGGUCGAAACGCUGAACGUCACCGAUUCUGUGCAAAUUGUGAAGAAAAAAGACGAUUCCGCCGGCGAAUUGAAAAAUGUAGAUAACGUGAACAGUACCUCUCUAGUGGAUCAAAUUCACAGGUUUGCGCGCGAACACGUGGUAAAGAUAAAAUUGCCGAGAAGUAUGCUAGCGCCAAGAGAAUCGAGAACCUUCUUCGGCGCAUUCGGCUUGAAGAAGCUGCUGCUGCCGCUCUUCAUCGGGGCGCAGAUCAUCAAGAGCAUCCUCAUAGCCCUGUUCCUGCCCAGCAUCAUCGGCAGCAUCGGCAAGAUCGUCGGAAAAGGUGUAACCUCGUUCGCACAGUCCUCGCAGAAUCCCCCGCAGCAAAUGGAGGAGAACUACGAGUUCAAGGAUAAUCAGGACCUUUACAACGAUGAUUACAUGACGCGCCAGCCACUGGGCACACUGCCGGCAUCGGCCAUGUAUGACGAAAGCAUGCUGCAAACCAAAGCCCCGGAGAUAGCCUCGCGCUACUCGUUCGUCGAUCCGCGACUCACGCCGAUGAACGCGCUCUCCGACCGCUAUUACACCCGGCACAUGGUCAACCCGCAAGCCAAGAGGCAGGACUUCAAGGUGUUCCACGAGAUACCAACGAGUUCGCUGCUCCUGACGAACUACGACCCGUUCUACUCGCCGCUGCUCUCGCGUCUGGACGCGGUCUUCUCUCGACUGGGCCACAACACGGAAGGCUGUCGGGAGUACGCCGUCUGCGCGAUGUACCGGAGUCCAGCCAGGUACGCGCCCUACUCCAACUUGGUCUCGGCUCAGCUGUCCCGAGAACUCAACGAGCUGCGGAAGCCCAGCUCCGACAACCCCGACGUCCUGCGUUUCUUCCGGUACAUGAAGGCCGCCAAGGACGGCCAGGACGGGGUCAGGUGCGAGGACGCCUACGCGGACUGUGCCGGGGCCAGGGACGACCAGACCAUCAGGCAGAACCAGGCGAUGCUCGCCACCUACCAGGAUAUUGACAAGCUCGUACAUGCCAGGAAGUUGUAGGAUCUUCAAAGUGAAUCAUCCUUAGGUUGGAGAGACUUUUGUUUCUGGGAAAGUGAAGGGUUACUCGUUUUGAAAGACUGAGCUUUCAAGGCACGGGAGUGACUUUUUUACUCGCUCCGGAAAACAUGCAAGCGAGUGAUUUUCCUGUUGUUAUUUUAUUUCUGAUGUAUGCAGAUGGGAUUCUCAUUUUUGUUUUCAAAGUAGCCUCUGUUUAUUGGAUCAAAGCUUCUUUCAUUCUGUUUGCAUACAAAAGAAGAUUAGUCAAAGAAUAUCUGUUUUAGAUUUCAAUCAAUCAAACUCUCAUCGGAUUGCGAUUGAAUUCUAAACGACUUUUGAUUGGUUGAAAAGGAGAAAAUUGGUAGGAGAUUGGGUUUUAUCAAAAUUUUAGUUUGUUUAUUCUUUAUCUUUUGCCAUGAUACUUAUUUAUGCUUUAGUAAGAUUUUUCUCUGUAAAAGAAUAAUUGGGGAUCAUUGUGUUUCGAAUUCGCCUGUUGGAACGUUGAAUUUAAUCAAAUUUUUGCGCGUCACUUAUAGUCAUUAUAAUACUUAUCAUACCGCUAUUUAAAAUAUACAUUUUAAGAUGCUUCUUUUUAUAAGCUAUACAUUUUGCGAAAAAAUCAAAACUUGCGAUGUUAAAUCGAUCGAGACUUUUCUCUGAAAACGUUUGUAGAGGGUUAAGUUAACGGUUAAGUAGAAAUCAAUGAAACUAAUGAAGUGAACUUAUCGCUAGUGAUACCAUACUUGUGUGAGUGCUUUUUAAUUUUUUCAAGACAAUAUUAUACUUAAAAAAAUGUACACAGUUGAGACAUUUGAUAGUGGCCAACUACAAUUAUAAUCGGUAUGUGAAGAUGCGUUGCUUAAAAAAACUAAUCUAUUUAUUGCAUUACUAAAACUACAAGACGAAUCAUUUUUUAUCGUGGAAAACUGUCAUUUUAACAUUUGUUUUCCGGGGGGUUAAGUUUCCGAAAAAUGAUGAUUUUCUUUCAAAAUUUUGAAAACAGUUUCUUCCUUGAUCUUGAAUGAUGAUUAAUUUGAACACUUUGUAUAUUAUAGUACAACUAGAGUUUUAAUUCGUGUUUAGCUGAUCAGCGAAAAACGUCUCUUCUUCGGAAACUUAAAAUUAGCGUCCUCGUUUUCAAUCAUCUACACAUAUUUUAUUUAUUGCAAACAUACUGCUUCUAUUUAUUCGAGUGUUAUUUAUUUGCGUGCAGUGUAAAUGUGAAUCGCAUAAUAUUCCAUCUGUGCAGUUUUAUUUAUUUAAUUAAUGAAUUAAGAUAUACUUUAAGUGUAAUCAACGAUCGAUUGAUGAAUCUCAAAACAAUUUGCUUCGUCGAUCAAAGGUGUACAGUCAACGAAGUGUUCUACAUUCAACACUUUUGAUGUUAAUAAAGUUGCAAAUUAAAGUU